CUUCUGUACGCGGGGUUGUGGAGGGGUAGGAGGGCGGGCAUCGUUUAGAGUGCUUUUUCGGUGAACGGUAACUGUAAGGUAACCUCGGCGAAUUCUCGUCCCCCGUAUAGUAUCGAACAGUAAACGCCGUAGCUUGACCUCUCGACGUGUUUCUUUCACCAUCCCGGUCAUCGUAGUUGCAGUUCCUUCCGUGAUCGAUUCCCACACACGACCUCACUACCAGUCGUUCUUACUCGAAACCGUUCAACAUCCACCGACUAUCAACGUAGAAAUAGCGGUCCGAUUCUUCGUCGUGGGAGAAAAUCAUCAAACGCAAGAUCUGGGUUGUGGAUUCCUGGAUUUGCGCUCAAAGUUUUUGCGUUUCCUCGUAACGUAGAAACUUACCGCAACACAUCACAAUCAUGUCCGCUUUCCUCAGGCACUGCAGUUCCUGGUUGCAACUAGUCCUAUGGGUAUUGUUACCUAGCUUGCUUUGGAAAACCGACGCCUUUUCCACCCACAAACCAUUCGUGACGAUGCCGUUACUGGUGGCAACCGACGGGUCUCCCGCGUCUCGACAAUUGAGUCCGGCAUUACGGCAACAGUCUCCACGCCACCAAAAACUGCCGCUCGGAAUUGACAUUGCGGGUGAAGGCAGCGAAGAACGAUUCCGCAACGGCAGCAGGACUCCACCACCGCCGCCGAAUGGGGAAAACUUGAUCUCGGCGAGUGCGGCAGCGGCGGAACGCUUCGCCAAGGCGGCACCUCUCGACGAAAUUGCGCCUUCCGCACCGGGCAGUAAGCUACGCAAACUCAAAGAUCUCAUGUGGGUCCGGGAAGCUCUGGAAGACUUGACGGCGGCCGAAUUCGCUUGCACGGUGGAGGCCUCGCACCACAAACAGGACGAAACUGUGUCUCGGCGACGCAAACGCGCCGUUGAUUACGAAAAAUUACUCGGACAGCUCAAUCGCCGGAUUCGCGAUUUGGGCUGUGAGCCUGUAGAGGCUCCCAAGACGAACGACGACGAGGUUACCGACGAAGCUGUCGUUCCCAGUGGACAAGUGGAACCGGAUGUGGGUGCCGGUACGCUCGUCUACUCACUCAAACAACGUCAGGCUUUAUUGGAUCGUUUGUUUCGUACGCGUCAACUUCUCCUGGAAGUCAUUCAAGGCUACGAACUGGAAAUCGAUCCGAUGGAUUCCUUUACCAUCAGUUUGCCUUCGAUUCGCGUAGAAAUCCCACGAGAAGAAGAUCCUUCCUCACCCGGUCCCAAAUUGUACGUGCGCGAUGAUGGUACCGUUGACUGGGACGGAGCAUUACAAGACCAAGCUGCCAUGAAAAAAUUCGGAACCGCGGUUUGGGCACGCAUCAAUGGACGAGAUCCUGAAUCUCUCGACGGUGAACAGCGCAAUCCCCAAAAUGCCAAUAUUGGCUCAUCUGCUGUCAUUGACGCAGAAAUCGAGUCGGCCACGGGCGCUGCCGUUGUGGGAGAAGUUCGUGAGGUCGAAAAGCCAACCGUGACGGCCAAAAUUGAAGAAACUCCAGAAAUAAUUAGGGCUCGUCAACGCUUGGAGAUCCUCACCGCGGAUUUGGCCAAAAUGGAAGCGGAUUACAUUGCGCUGAUCAGCUCCGCCAUUGCUCCGGGACAAGCUGUGGCCAACGUCAACCUAGCCAAUCUCGAGCCUGCGCAACGUAGCAGAAUUCGUGAAUCCACCGAAGGCAUUGAUGUUAUGAAGGAAAAGGUCUCGUUUCAAACUCUAGUGUACGAACUCGAAAGGGUAUACACUUAUUUAGUGGGAGAGAUGGGUAAUCCUGCCCAAAAUGGGUACAUUCCAUUGCAAGAUCGAUUGAAUGUAGCAGAAUUUGGGUUGCUAGAAUCUCAAAUUGAUAGCUUCCAUCGACAACUGGACGAGGGUAGCUCAUCGCUCGAUACAGACGUCAUGGCGGUCGUCUUGGAGCAAAUGAUUGAUUUUAAACGACGAUUGGGAAUCGACUACUUUGUGGCUGGUUUGUCGUUUGACAGGGACGCGAUAAAACGGUAUAUGAGUGAAUUACUGGAAAAGACCAAGAAAGGUUUAGCCUUUUACGUCAAGGGCGUUCGCCUCUUCUGGAAUGAUAUCAUAUUUUGCUUGAGUCUGAUCAACCGCGCCGCACAAGGGUAUACUCUCAAGCCUCGAGAAGUACGCACAAUUCGACGAACCUUCAAGGAUUUUUUUACAUUUAUUCCGUUUGUGAUUAUCUUGUUGAUUCCGUUGUCGCCCAUCGGCCACGUUCUUGUCUUUGGUGCUAUCCAGCGAUUCUACCCCGACUUUUUCCCCAGUUGCUUUACCGAGCAACGUCAGAACUUGCUGCAGCUGUACGAGAACGCUGAAUACAAGGAGUUUACAAUUGAUGAAAACUGGAAGGAAAAAAUGUCGCGAAUGUCGGAAGCUGCCGUUUACUUUGGAGCCAACACAUCACGAGCAUUGUUUGAAAAGAUGGCCAGCAUGGUCCGGGGACAGAGUGGUGCAGCUACCGACGCCACUACCGAGAAGAAUGGAAAAGAGCAAUAACGACGGAAUAUGCUUAUCUUUUGCGUGUAAAUGAAUUUAGUGAAACAGACGGACGAAUCCAAACAUGCUCACAUUCAAGACUUUCAGAGCCACCCAAUGACUCAACUUGCAAACUCCGAUCCCGACUACACUACCUCAGACUCUACAAGAAAAUGUGGCAGUUUGACUCCAGACCAAAUCUACAUCGUUGUUUUCACAUCGCGAGUUGAUUAAAAGCUU